AUGGGUUCCGUGCGCUUGUCACCUCCCCUUAUUUCAAAAGACCUCAGAGACGCAUCUCUUGUCUUCUCAUCUCACCUGUUCGUGCCCCGACCUAGUCCUCAUCAUCCUGAGGGAAACUUGAGACAAUUUCGCUUCCAGGAACGCCAGAAAAGCGAAAAGGUCUUCUUCUCACUUCGACCGGCUCUUCUCGCUCGCUCUUAUCCAGUGCCUGUUACGGAUAUCUGCCAUCCAACCUAUCCGCCGCGUGAGGUUAAAACAGCGCCUUCAGAUGGAAGCUGGUUUCCUAUAGGUUGUCAGAAGCAUUCAUCGACACCAACCUUUCGUGGUUUCACCCUGAGGCGUUGGAUCCUGAUCGCUGAUUCGAAGCUUUUCGUGGCAUCUUCCUCGUCCGGGCUGACAGCCACUUCGUGUCGUCAUUCGUUUUGUCUCGGAGAGCUCGCUAUUUCUGCAACACCUUCAAACUGGCUUACUCGAAGACGCACGGUGUUUUGGUGA